UAAGUAUAGUAUAAAUAACCCUUUACGUUGGCUGCUCGCGUUAUUAGUCAAGCUUAGUACGAAAUUGUUAUUAGAGAUUGUUUCGAAGUAGUCGUAGGUGUUUUGAAGUCCGACAAAUGUCCGAAGAACAAACUAUUCCAAAAACACAUCACGAAGCUUUGGAUGUGUUCAUUCAUUCGAAAGUUGGAUUUCCAGGAGCCUGGUCCGAGGAGAAGGUCCAAACUCUUUUAGAUCUCUGGGAAGAUGUGUUGUCGAGACCACGGUCUCGUCGCUACAGUGUCUCCAAGAGAAUAUGCAAGCGUCUUCUCGGCAAGGAAGAGUUUAAAGAGUUCAACAAAGAUGAUGUGUUUCGUCAGAUGAGUCUUUUGAGUAAAGAAUAUUAUUCUUACUUAGGCUUUCAGAUGAUGGGUGUCGAGAUGGCCAGACCUGCCUGUGUCGAUCAAUUGGAUAGGAUAUUCAGCAAAGCAAAAGUAAAGCCUCUUCGUCAAACUGGAUCGAGACCAAGGCGUAACACGGAACCUACAAAGCAAUCUGAAAUAUCCGAAGAUUCAGAUCACUCGAGGAGCCAGUCAGUCACCUACGGAGAGAAGGAACCAAAGGCAGACCCUACUAAAGCCGAUGAUGCUCUAAGCAAAACUAGACGUGGUCGCUUUCCGAAAAUGAAUAUUCAGAGGUUGAUUCGAACGAUGGUCAGUCAGCAAACCGCCAUGAUGGAACAAGUUCAGAAGCUCUUUAGUUCACUGGAAGAAUCUAAUUCAAAGACGGCAGCCUUGUUGGAAGACUUGGUUUUGUUCCAAAAAACGAAGCAUUCGACAGUCGGUGAAAAUUAAAAGCUAGAACUGUAAACUUUGACUAAUAAAUUUCUUAAUUAUC